AUGUCAUUUGCUUCAUCAAAUGAAACAGACCGAAAAGCUUUACUAGAUUUCAGAAAUCUUAUUACAAGUCCUAGUCAUUUUUUGGCCAUUAAUUGGACCAAAAAUACUUCUUUUUGCUCUUGGUUUGGUGUCACUUGCAGUACAAGAAGGCAAAGGGUUGUUGCCUUGGCUCUUCCUAAUUUGCAACUUCAAGGCACAAUUUCCCCGUCUUUGGCCAAUUUGUCCUUUCUCAGUGUUCUCAAUCUUGGGAACAACAGCUUACAUGGUGACAUCCCUUAUGUCCUUGGCCACUUGCCUCCCUUGCGGGUGAUCGAUAUUCCGAACAAUCAGCUCCAAGGAAGUAUCCCAACAAGUCUACUUCAACACCAAAGAGUUCAAAAAAUUUCAUUGGCUUUCAAUAAACUCGGUGGUGAAGUGUGCAAAGGGCCAUGGAAAGUACCCAAGCUUAGUGUCUUAAAUCUUAGGAACAAUAGCCUCACAAGUAUAAUCCCUCCUCCGGUUGGAAAUGCCACAAAAUUGAUGAACUUCAGUUUGUCUGGGAAUAGAAUCAACGGCAACAUUCCAAAGGAGAUCGGUAACAUGAGCCAACUUGCAUCUUUGGUCUUGCACGAUAAUCAGUUAAGAGGUUCCAUUCCCACAUCGCUAUUUAAUAUCUCGUCGCUGGUUGAUAUGUCUCUGGUAUUGAAUAGCCUUUCUGGUUCUCUCUUGCUUGAUGAAGGGAAUAUUGUGUCAAAUCUGAAGUAUCUAAGUAUAUCUAAGAACCAAAUUUCUGGUUGCAUUCCUUCCAACAUAUGCCAACUCAGAGAGCUCAAGGGGUUGUCUGGAAAUAUUGUUUGUUUAUCCAAACUCGAGGAUUUUUAUAUUGACGAAAAUCCAAUAACAGGGACUAUUCCCACAUCAAUGGGCAAUAUUUCCACUCUUCAAAAUCUUUUUUUUGGCAACAAUCGGUUAGUGGGGCGAAUUCCUCCGGAAUUAGGGAAGCUAUCAAAUUUGAGGCAGUUAUAUUUUGCCCAGAAGAUAAUCUUAUUGGUCAAAUUCCAGAAGCUAUUUUCAAUAUUUCUUUCAAUUUGA